AUGGUCCCCAAUAAAGGUUCAAGCAACAUUUUGCCAGAAACUCCCGAGGGUCAAUUCAAAAAGUUAAUAGCUCCACAAGCAGAGCCGAGGAAACACAAGAUAGUGUAUCGGAACCUGCUCACAUUCGGCUAUUGGCACUUAUCUGCUGUAUACGGCCUCUAUCUGUGCUUUACUUCUGCUAAACGGGCUACGAUUAUAUUUGCAAUCUUCAUAUACAUCAUAGCUAAAAUCGGUAUAACAGGUGGCGCUCAUAGACUAUGGGCACAUCGGGCUUACAAAGCCAAGUUGCCUUUGGAGAUUCUGUUACUCAUAAUGAAUUCCAUUGCCUUCCAAGACACUGUUUUAACCUGGGCGCGAGAUCACCGCCUUCAUCACAAAUAUUCUGACACUGAUGCUGAUCCACAUAACCCGACUAGAGGGUUCUUCUUUGCCCACAUGGGCUGGGUUCUUGUGAGGAAACACCCUGAGGUCUUAGCAAGGGGGAAAGCCCUGCCGAUAGACGAUUUGAAGAACAAUCCGUUGCUGAGAUUUCAAAAGAAAUACGCCAUCCCAAUGAUUGGCACUUUGUGCUUCCUUAUGCCAACAUUUGUGCCCGUGUACUUCUGGGGCGAGAGUAUCAGCACGGCCUGGAACAUCAAUCUACUGCGUUACGUGACGAACCUGAACGUCAUUUUUCUUAUCAACAGCUGGGCCCACUUAAUCGGGAACAAGCCUUACGAUAAAAACAUUGCCGCCACUCAAAGUAUACCAAUAAGUAUUGCUACUUUAGGUGAAGGAUUCCACAAUUACCAUCACACGUACCCCUGGGAUUACAAAGCAUCGGAGCUAGGGAAUAAUAAAAUCAAUUUGACGACGAAAUUCAUAGAUUUCUUCGCGUGGGUCGGAUGGGCGUAUGACCUGAAGUCUAUGCCCUCAGAAGGCGUUGCGAAGAGACGUGCCAAGACGGGUGAUGGGACGGAUUUGUGGGGCCGAAAAGUGAAGAUAAACGAGAAUAUUGUAAGCGAUGAUAACAUUGAAACAUAUGAUAACAAUGAAUAUUAG